GAUGCUCAACCGCCUCACGCCGGCGACAAGGGACGACAAGCAGAGGCGGUUGUUCGAACAGAAAUAGCGAAUUGUUCUUUGGAGACUCGAAGCGGAUUUCGAGAAGCUCGUCUCUUCGGCUUUAGGGAAUCGUGGUCUGAUUCUGUUCGGGAGACUGCUUGAAAGUUUAACGUCCUUUUGGGUUUGAACCCUUGUAUAUAGGUUGUCACUGGAUAUAUAGGAGUCGAGCUCUAUGGGUGAGUCUGCUGGAUCGAGCAGUUCAUGGGCUGCAAUCAGUUCUUCCAACAUUGGGUUUCAGCUCUUAAAGAAGCAAGGCUGGAAGGAAGGUACUGGUCUUGGAGCCGCUGAACAGGGUAUAUUGGUGCCAGUACAAACAGAGCCGAAAAAUAACAAACGAGGACUGGGAGCUGCAGCUGAAAAACCAAAACCAGCCAAGAGAAAAGCCGUGAAACCUAGUACAGAUUCUGGAAAGGAGGAAGCAGUUUCUAAGCAAUCCAAGAAACUUUCAAAGAAAAUGCGAAAGUUAAUGGAGCACGAAAAACUUCUACAGGAAAAGGAAUUCGAACGAGCCUUCUUCAGGGAGUUCUGGCCUGAUAAUGUAUAAAAUUGUAUAUGCUAGUCUUAGAACUCAACAACAUUUGAGACAUUUGUUCCUUAAUUACUCUCGAGUUCAACUGCCUACAAGCAGAAUCCAAUUUUUUUUUUU